AUGGAUUUAAGCCACAGAACUCCUUUAUUAUCCGAAUCGAUACCAGAUAUAGACGUUCUCGAGCAUGUCGUUUCUUCAUUCGGUCAUUCACUUGACGUUGUGAUUAAAACUAACUUUAAACCUGCCAAAACAAAUGAUGAUAAUGCGCCGUCAUCCUCAGAAGCAGUUUCUUCAGACUCAUCCUCAACUAAGAACCAAAAACUCGCGGCUAUUUUCUCUCGCCAGUGGCUCUCAGGUGUUCUGGCCACUUUAUCUCAGAAGUUAUCUGAAGAUUCCCACGCCACUGAUAGAACAGACACAAUUCCUGUGCCUUCCGAGCCCCAAUUUGUUGAUGAUGAUAUGGACAUUCAGAACAUUGAUGAACUAGGGGUGUAUGUCGAGAACGCCAAGGUGUGUGGAAAUGGGCAAAUCGAAGUUAAUUAUGACCUUCUCGAGACGGAAUCUGUUAGUCAAACGAGGCCUAAGUUGAAGGCACAGCAACUAAUGCAGUUGAUUCUCCAGGGUAAAAAUACCGAAUGGUCUCUUCAAAAGAAACUUGAAAAUUUUUGGAAAACUAGCCCAGGGCUACUCCUACACGUCUUGUCAAAUGAAGAAUCGUCAGAACUAUCUAAAGAUUUGGAUAGUGUAAGAAGUGAAGAAAAGCGUGAAACGGUAUCAAUUGAUGACGAGUCGAUGGAAAUUCUAAAUAAUUUAUUUAAUAAACAUGAACAGGAGGACUCAGGUGACUUGGAGGAGUACCUGGUGAAUAACCCUAAGGUUUUAGUGGAUGUGGGCAGCAAACUAGGUUUGGUUGGAGUCGAUCGUCUGGUAGAGCUCUUUAACAAAUUAAAAAAGGAAGUUGUUCACGUCAACAAGAUGGCUAAGUUUUUCACAAAACUCGUUUUAGAUCUUGAGAAUAAUCACACAAAUUCUAGCGCGUAA